AUGGCGUGCGUGCCUUCCCAUCCACCUCCGCACCUCACACCUUCCAAGAAACGAAAAUACGAGGGCGACUUCGUCGACGCCCCUUCCUCCACAUCACCACCAUUAGACUUCCAAAGCACUCCUGUGACUCGCUCACGUUCUGUUUCCCCUGCCCUCAGCACCGCCAGCACGCCUUUGACUGAGUUGGGGUCCACCCCUGUUAUAAGUCCUUCCAAACCCGAGAUGGCACCCUCCGAUUCCAAGAAACGCAAACUCACCUUUGCUGAACGUGAAGUCGAGAGAGCACUGAAGAGGCAGGAGAAAGAAGAAAAGGAACGACAAAAGGCGGAGUCGAAAGCCAAGAAGGAAGAAGAGAAGAAGCAGAAAGAGGUAGAAAAGAAACGUAGGGAAGAAGAGAAGAAGCAAAAAGACGAAGAAAAGAAGCGGAAGGAAGAGGAGAAGAAGGCCAAAGAUGCCGUCAAGGAGGAGAAACAGCGUCAGAAAGACGCCAUCAAGGCCGAGAAGGAAGCAGAGAAAGGACGAAAAGCUGCCGAGGCCUUGAAGAAGGAGAGAUCACAAAUGCGUAUUGGCGCUUUCUUUGGCCGUCCAGCUGCAGCAUCUACGCCUCCUGACAGUGCAGAUGAUGUCUCAAUGGGAACGCGGAGUCGACGAUCUUCAGUUGCCUCGCUCGAUAUGGCACCACCACUCAUCGAAACCAAGAUUCGUGAACCAGCAAAUCCAGAAUUCAACAAGUGGAUUCUGCCGUUCUUUGUCAGUGAAAACAUGGAACUGGCCCCAUUCAAUCGCUUCCACAAGUCAACAACCGAUGCCAAUCUACCUCUCAAUCAGGGCAUUACACCAGACAAGGUCAACAAGCAAUUCCGCAAACGUAGACGGGCCGCACAAAUCAAGCCUGUCAGAGCGAUUUUGGAGGAAAUGAAUGACUCGGCAGAAACAGCCUCUGCUCUUUCGGACUCCAAGGACCCCUUCACGACGAUCCCAACUAAAUACCUCUACUUCCAUCAAGAUGUUCGGCCAGCAUACCAGGGGACUUAUACAAGAGUUGUCUCGCCUCGAACUAGUCGCAAGAUUGCCGUCAACCCGACUCAUCGGGGUUUGCCAAACACAGAUUAUGACUACGACAGCGAGGCUGAAUGGCAAGAACCUGAAGAGGGCGAUGUGGACCUAAUGGACGAGGAUGAGAAGUCCGAAGAUGAAGAUGCAGAUGAAGAGAUGGACGAUUUUCUUGACGACGAAAACGACAUGUUGAAGCGACAGACGGUAUCUGAAAUGGAGCCCAAAUCGAGUGGAUUGUGCUGGCAAGGCACGCACAUAUCACCGAAAGAAGGACUCGACCUCUCAGUCUAUCGGAUCGAUGUCUUGCACGAUUCAACCACGUUUCCCAUUGAUCCGUUCUCGACAAAGCACUGGUCUGAUGUAGGCAAGCCGUCACCUAGCAAACGGGAGAAAACUCAUACGAUGAAUACACAAACGCCGAUGCAGCCUCCGAGGCUGCCACUGAUGGCGGUUGACCCUAAUAGUGGAAACUUGACUCUAUCUUCAGUUCAACCGGACAACACGCACGACCACGCUGGAAAGAAACUAGCACAUGCCAAAGCCAAAUCUGACAAACCGAUCAAAUUGAUUGAUACAAACCUGUUGCCAGCAUUCAAAAGUGCCGUAUCAGGAAGUACCCUGACGAAGAUCGGCUUGGUAGAAGUGCUGAAACAGCAAUUCCCCAAAUGUGCCAAAGAUGCCAUUAAGAACACUCUCGAGUCUGUUGCCACCAGGCAAGGAACGAAAGAGGCAGAGAAGAAGUGGGUCUUGACCGACUAG